UAAGUAUCAUAUGGACGUCACCAACAGGUCAGAGCAGCGGUGGUAGUAGACUGAGUAGACAGCCGGCUACUUCUGGGCCCCUGCUUCGUUUGGAAGUACUCUUAAAUACGUAUUUUGUUAUUAAUAUAAAUCCAGUUAUGGAGGAAAUACUAUCGAAGUUGCUUGUAGCUGAUAACACAACGAUACAACAGGGAACAGCAGAACUCAGAGAAGCUGUAAAAAAACCAGAAAGUAUACCAACACUAUGUCAACUGAUAGUAUCAUCGCCAAAGCCCCAGAUACGACAAUAUGCAGCCGUAUUGCUUAAGAAUCGUUACAGUAAAGGAAAACACUGGUUGCAAUUACCACCACCUAUACGCAGCGAAUUUAAGACUGUGAUUCUCCAGGCACUGGUUAACGAACCAGAAAAAUUUGUAAAGAAUGCAAUUGCACAGUUAAUAGGUUUAAUUGUAAAACAUGAAUUGCCUACUAAUGGGUGGCCUGAAGUUUUACAAUUUGUUCAGCAACUGGUUACCAGCGAAAACUUGGCAGAGAAAGAGUUGGGAACCUAUACUUUGUCAGUUAUGACAGAAAUGGCCCCUGAUGCAUACCAAGCACAUGCUGAAUCAAUCACAGUUCUUUUGGGUCAAACAUUAAACAGUCUACAAGAUUUAGGAAACCCUGUAGCAUAUUAUGUUCUACGAAUAAUGCUAAAUCUUAUCCCAUUAAUUCAAGGUAAUCAAAUGAUGGUAAACGCUUACCAUCAAAUGAUGCCACAAGUAAUGGCCACGAUUCAGUCUCUUACCGCGACUAACGAAGAUAAAGCUAUCGAGUGCUUCGAAUUGCUAGACGAACUAUGCGAAAAUGCAAUUGCUGUGAUAGCACCUCAUGUCAAACUUCUUGUCAGUAUGUGCCUUGCAAUCGCUAAUAAUAAGUCCUUAGAUAAUGCUCUUAGAGUUAAAGCUGUUGUUUCUAUCGGCUGGUUAGCCAGAACGAAAAAGAAAGCCAUAAUAAAACAUAAACUUGUUGAGCCCAUAAUAGAUAUGUUGUUCACUCUAAUGUCCACGCAACCCGAGGAUGAAGACGAUGAAGUUUACUUUACCGAUAACGAAGACAAUACACCUGUAACUUGUGCUGCCCAAAUUUUAGAUUUACUCGCACUUAAUUUACCUCCAGAGAAAUUAAUUCCCCAAUUGUUGCAAUACAUAGAACCUAGUCUUCAAGGAACGGACAUAUAUGCAAAGAAAGCGUCUUAUUUAGCGAUGGCGGUGUUAGCAGAGGGUUGUUCAGAAUAUAUUCGAACUAAAUAUCUCGAAUCAUUCUUACGUUGCACUUGCCAAGGAAUCACGGAUUCCAUUCCUGUAGUACGGAACGCUGCUCUUUUCGCUCUUGGACAAUUUUCGGAACAUUUACAGCCGGACAUUUCGCAAUAUUCAUCCGAAUUAUUACCUGUACUAUUCGAGUAUCUCGGUCAAAUAUGUGCUCACAUUAAACAAGAGAAGAAAGCGCCUCCGUCGGUCGAUCGUAUGUUUUACGCACUGGAAAUGUUCUGUGAAAAUUUGAACGAAAGUAUCUUACCCUAUUUGCCAACUUUAAUGGAAAGGCUCUUCGAAAUUCUAAACGCCGACACUCCGGUUCACGUUAGAGAACUUUCUCUAAGUGCUAUCGGUUCGGCUGUCUUGGCCAGCAAGGAGCACAUAUUGCCGUACUUCGAAAAGAUCAUUAUUAUUCUCGAUAGUUAUCUUACGGAAAAACAAACUGAAGAAACCAUGUGUCUUCAAGUACAAGCAGUUGAUACUCUCGGAGUGAUUGCAAGAACAAUAGGUAAUAAAAAUUUUGAACCCUUGGCUGCUAGAUCUCUCAAUUUUGGAAUGCAAUUACUGAAGGAAACACAAGAUCCCGAUUUGAAGAAGUCCAUCUAUGGAUUGUUUGCCUCGAUUAGUACCGUAAUGAAAAAGGAAAUGGCGGCUGCUUUGCCAGAAAUUAUCGAACACAUGAUAAUCAGCAUACAGAGCUCGGAAGGCAUAGUGCCACACUAUAAGGACGACGAGAAUUCUGCCUUUCCGGUUUACGAAGAUCUCACUGAAAGUGAAAACGAAAACGAUGAAGAAGACAUUGAGAACACAGACAACGAAGAAGAUGAUGAUGAUUACGAUAUAGCAGGUUACCGUGUUGAAAACGCCUACAUCGAUGAAAAGGAAGAAGCAAUUUUAGCCUUGAAGGAAAUCGCCGAAAAUACGGAAGAUGCAUUUCUGCCAUACCUUCAGAAGUCCUUCGAGGAAACUUUUAAAUUAAUUAAUUAUCCACAAGAAGAUAUUCGUAAAGCUGCCAUUGAUGGUCUUUUACAGUUUUGCAUUAAUUUCUCAAAAAUAAAUACUAACGAAGGAAAGGAAGCGUUAUUGAAAGCUCUCUCUGUAUACGUACCAAAAUUAUCAGAACUGAUAAGACUAGACGACGAACGAACAGUAGCCAUUAGCGGGCUGGAUGCGUAUUCGGAACUCUUGAAAGAAGUAAAAACAGAUGUUCUAGUUGGAGAGGGCCAUAAAGAUGCUAUAAUGAAUUCUGUCAGAGACGUUAUGUCGGGCAAAACGGCGUGUCAGGAUGAAGACGACGCAGAAGAAAUGGAGACCGAAGCUGAACAAGAUGAAUUAUUGAUAGAGUGCGCGGGUGAUGUAUUAUCUAAUUUUGGAAAAAUAAUUGCUCCAGAAGACUUUGCACUUUAUUUCCGAGUCGUGUUGCCGAUGCUUCUAGCGAGAUUGAAAAAGAACAAGUCCGAAGCGCAGAGAUCCUUUGCGGUUGGUACAAUUUCAGAAUGCUUCUCGGGACUUAAACAUACAGUUACAGCCUUUAUACCACAGCUUCUCCCAACAUUGCUGAGACUCACGAAUGAUCCUAGCGCUGAGGUUCGCAAUAAUGCAAUCUAUGGAAUUGGUGAACUUGCUAUGCAUGGAAAAGAUGCAGUCUAUUCUCAUUACCCUGAUAUUUUGCAAGUUUUAUCGAGUUUGAUCGCUAAAGAGACUCACGCGGGAGCUCGAGAUAACGUCGUCGGAGCAAUUGCACGACUCAUUAUCGCUAAUUACUCCAUUUUGCCACUUGACCAAGUGUUUCCAGUUUUUGUUAAUCAAUUGCCAUUGAAAGAAGAUUUCGAAGAGAACAAGGCAGUCUUUAAAAGUAUAUUAACAUUAUACGAGGCUGGUCAUUCCGUUUUACAACCGCAUAUGCACAUGUUGCUCAAGGUAGCGGUCAGUGUAUUACACGAGGAGAGUGCUACCGAUGAUGAGACGAAGAGUUUCGUCAAGGAGUUUGUCAAAUCAGCGCAGCGAGAUUUUCCAAACGAAUGGAACUCCAUGUAUACCGAACUUCCAACAGAAAUUGCGACAAAUGUCCAACGUCUAUUUUCUUAGAUACAAAUACACAUUCGAAAACAGCUAUUACAGCUAUGCUUUACAAUCAUUUAUAUAUAUAUAUAUAUGUUCAUUAUUUAAAAUUUACCAUAAUUUUGCAUAUCUUGCUCCAUUUGUGCUCAUGGAAAAAUGGUAUCAAACAAGUCAAUAAUUAAUCAAAUCAGUGGGGGUAACGGAACAUUAUAUUAUAAUAAUGUAAGAUAUCACAGCCGAAGUAUACUUUUUAUAUGAAGAUAUAUAUAUAUUUUUUGAUUGGACCAUCUAUGUUAAAUUCUAGUCUUUCAAUUUUCCUUCUUUUUUUUUCUUUUUGUUUUUUGUUUUAAGUGCAUGAAAAAAAAUUCAGUGUAAUUUUAAAUCGUUUGAAGUAAUAGGAUUUCAAAUUUUUUAAAUUCAACCGGCGAAGUUGAGCUCGCUAAUUUUUCACUAUCGAAUUACGCGAAUAGGUGAUUUUUAAAUCGUGAUAGGUAUAUGCGCACUCUGUCAAAGUGCAGACGUAAAAAAAAAAUGUUAUUAUUGAGCAGACGUCUACGGUCGUCGUGUCUCGUGUUUGUUUGUAACCGAGGAUGCUUGUCUUUAUAUGAAGCAUUGCAUGUAUACAUUGAACAUAAAUGUAUUAUUCGAAGAAAUAAAUCUGUUGCACUAUAUCCUUUUAUAAAUAA